AUGGCUUCCAUUUCCCGUGCUUUGCGGCCCUUGUCCCGCGCUACUCCUGUGAGACUGGCAGCUAGAAGACCAGCUUCUUUCCGGCCUGUCCAGAGCUAUGCGUUCUCUACUACCCCCCGCCGGCGAGACGCUGACCUCUCCCACCUGACGCCCACCCCGAUCUCCCUCCUCUCCGAGACCGAAUCCAUGAUGCAAGACACAGUAACCAAGUUUGCUCAGGAGCAAAUUGGCCCCAAGGUCCGCGAUAUGGACGAAGCAGAAUCCAUGGACUACUCCAUCGUCGAGCAGCUCUUUGAGCAGGGCGUGAUGGCCAUCGAAGUCCCCGAAGAAUUCGGCGGCGCGGGCAUGAACUUUACCGCUGCCAUUGUGGCGAUUGAAGAGCUGGCUCGUGUUGACCCCAGUGUCAGUGUGCUGGUCGAUGUGCACAACACGCUCGUCAACACCGCCAUCAUGAAGUACGGCAGCAGCCAGUUACAGAAGGAGUUCCUGCCGAAGCUGGCCACAGGGACUGUGGGCUCGUUCUGUCUUUCUGAGCCUAGCUCUGGAUCUGAUGCGUUUGCGUUGCAGACCAAGGCUGAGAAGACGGCGGACGGGUACAAGUUGAACGGCUCGAAGAUGUGGAUUACCAACGCUCAGGAAUCUGGUGUGUUUAUUGUCUUUGCCAACCUGGAUCCUAGCAAGGGCUACCGGGGUAUCACUGCUUUCAUUGUUGAGAAGGGCACUCCCGGGUUCUCGAUUGCCAAGAAGGAGAAGAAGCUUGGUAUCCGGGCCUCGAGCACCUGUGUGCUCAACUUCGAUGACGUCGUCAUCCCUAAGAGCAACCUGCUCGGUGAAGAAGGUCAGGGUUACAAGUAUGCCAUUAGCGUCCUCAACGAGGGCCGUAUUGGUAUCGCAGCUCAGAUGACUGGUCUUGCUCUCGGUGCCUGGGAGAAUGCCGCCAACUACGUCUGGAACGACCGCCGCCAAUUCGGCCAGCUCAUUGGUGACUUCCAGGGCAUGCAGCACCAGCUUGCCCAAGCCUACACUGAGAUUACCGCUGCCCGCGCUCUGGUCUACAACGCCGCCCGCAAGAAGGAAGCUGGCCAGGACUUCGUUCAGGACGCUGCCAUGGCCAAGCUGUACGCUUCCCAGGUUGCCGGCCGUGUCUCCGGCUCUGCUGUCGAGUGGAUGGGCGGUAUGGGCUUCGUUCGCGAGGGUAUCGCUGAGAAGAUGUUCCGGGACAGCAAGAUUGGUGCUAUCUACGAGGGUACGAGUAACAUUCAACUGCAGACUAUUGCGAAGCUCUUGCAGAAGCAAUAUACGCAAUGA